AUGGAUCACAACGUUAACAAUCUGAAUUUCUUAAUUAUGAAUGGCUUUGCGCUACAUAUGAUGAAUCAACUACAAGUGGCGAAAAAUUCUUCAAUGCUUGCGAAUUCAAUGAGUUCCCAUAAUGAGAGGCCAAAAAGAAUUUCCCGCAAAAAUGCUUCAACAAAUAACCAUAUUCUGCAGUAUAAAUGCGAAGGAUGUGGGAAAUUGUAUUUCUCGAGAGCAUCCAUAAUCAGACAUAGAUUGUCUUGCCAUCGUAUUGCUCACACGUGUACCUUGUGCUCCUCUCCAUUGUCAGCUCGUGAGACACCAAAAAGUCAUUUGCAAAAGGUUCAUGGAAUAAAAAAUCCACUUGCAUGCCGCUGCUGCCCUUAUUAUUACAUCAACAAACAUGAUUUGAAUGUUCAUAAAUCCGGUGGAAUUGUUCAGCCAGCUAUUAUAAUAACUAUCAAAAGUUCGACGAUUGGACAAUGUUUGAAUGGAAACAACGGAGCGGGUAGAUAUGGAGAAGAUCCUACUUUCCGGGACUUCCUGAUGAUUCGGAAGCAGAAUGCAAGAAAAUCACGACUUCUCGUUUCGAAAGACACCAAUCAACCUAGCAGAGAACCGACGAAAGUAAGAAGUUUCAUGAUUAAGGACAUUUUAAAUCUCUGUGAUUAA